AUACACUCUUUUGUAUUUUAUUAAGAUACGAAACACAUACAUCAAGCUAAAAAGGUCAUAGACAACAAACUAGCCAAAGCAAAACAUAAAACCUAAGACUUUUCAAAACGAAAAGCCCAACUAUGAAGCCCAACAAGAAGAAACCGCAUCAGAAGAGAUAUCAAUCUUAUUCUUAGCCCAACACAUUACCAAAAAGAAAUCUUAUUCUUAGCCCAACAAGCAGAGAGAGAGAGAGACUCAGACUACCUUAGGGAUCCGUUUUUCAACUUUCCCCCAAUUUCUCUCCAGAAAUCGAAUCGAACUUUGUUCUUCUUCUUCGUCCAAGCUUUAGAAUCGAAAAUCGAUGGCGGAUCAAAGUUGUAAGCCGUUGCAGUUUUUCGUGAGACUACUCGACGGAAAAUCAGUAACCCUAACCUUUUCCUCUCCGAUAGCGUGUGGCGAGCAGAUCAAGCAGCGGAUCUUCGAGCAAACGAAGAUUCCGACGCAUCUACAGAGAUUGAUAAGCGGAGGAUUCCAAAUCCCCGGCGCAUCCGCGAUUUCUCAGUCUGACACCACCAUGAAUCUUGUCCUGUCCCUCCGUGGAGGCAAAGGUGGACUCGGAUCGUUACUUCGUAAUGUGGUUAUGAAAGCUGGACAGAAGAAGACAAACAAUUUCGAUUCGUGUGUUGGAGAUGGAGCUACGCAGAAGAAUGUCAACAAGUAUAAGGGGGGAUCUGAUAAGUGUAUUUUGGCUGUGCAUUUGGCUUUGAACGAAACUUUCAAGAAUGGGAAUAAGAGAAAAGGGAAGAAGAUGGGUACUGCAGAAUCUGAAAAAUCGAAACGAAUCAAAAUAUGGAAUGGAAAGAGAGCUGUUGAAGAUAGUGACAGUGAUGAUAGCAGUGACGAGGAAGAUGAGAAAUCUGUUGUUGGUGGUCAAGUUGAUUCAGAUCAUAAGGAUACUGAUGAAAGCUCAGGCUCUGUUUUGGAUGGAUCCCAUGAUGGUGAGAACGACUUUGUAGUGCACCAAAGUUCAGAUGUAGUUAAGGGAGAGAUCACGGUUGUUCAAAGAAUUAACGAAGAGAAGAUGGAUGAUUUUGCUGUUGCUGAUGCAAUGGAUCAACUUGAAAAGGUGGAGAAAUCAAGUGGAAACGAUGAUUUUGUCGUAAAGAGAGGAGGAACUGCGAAAGAAAGAGUGUGUUGCAAACCUGUUGAACCGCUUAACUUUGCUGAGUUCAAAGCAGCCACAGAUAUGGAGGUUUUGGGGAUGGAGAGAUUGAAGACUGAGCUUCAGUCACGCGGUCUGAAAUGCAGAGGGACAUUGCGAGAGCGAGCUGCGAGGCUAUUUUUACUUAAAUCAACGCCCCUCGAUAAGCUCCCGAAGAAAUUACUGGCCAAGAAAUGAAGACCAACAUCCAUCUUCAAAAAGAUUACACCCUUUUGAAGUUUUUUGGCUUGUAGUUCAAAUCAUACAAGCCAUUAUGUAAAUAAGAAAUGUGUGUUAGAUGACAA